AUCCCACAAUGCCUUGGCUCGGCGGUCAAAGGAAGUCGUAACUGACUUUCUGUCAGAUUUGAAAGCGGACGAAAGGAUUCAUUUCUGCCCGAAAGCGGCGCCUAAACAUUAAACAUGGCUUCCUUCGUGACGGAGGUGCUUGCCAGCUCAGGAAAGUUGGAAAAAGAAGAUCUUAGUUGUAAAAUAAGCAGAUUGUCCCAAAAAGUGGAGGAGACUAAGGAUGAGGUCGGUGACAUGAUCAAUAAGAGGUACAAUGAAUUCCUACCCAGCCUGCAGGGGGCUGAGGAGCUCAUGGCGCAGGUGGACUUAGUCUCCAAAGAUAUAGACGUUCUGAAGAGCUGCAUAGAAAAUGAGGUACAACAGAACCUCCAUGUUGCUGCUGUGGAGUAUGCAGAACUGAAGCAGCAGCUGGAGAAGAAUACCACUGUGAUCGCCGUGCUCAGAUACUUGCAGGAGUUUGAUGAAGCCAUGGAGCAGUACCACAGAGCCUUGCAUGAGAAGAAGUACACAACUGCUGCUGAGCAGCUUGAAAAGGCCCGAGGUUCUGUGGAUUCCCUGAAGGCUUGGAAGGGCUGUGAGCUCCCCCUUCUGAGGGCCUUGGUCUCCGAACUCACCAUCCAGAGGGAGAACCUCACCUACCACCUGGGGGACGAGUGGUCGAAGCUCACCAUCUGGAAACUGCCCCCCUCCAAAGAGCUGUCCGGCGUGGAGUCCUUCCUGAAGACGGAGCUCCAGCUGUGCGGUGGGGCGCAGGAGGGGGACGAGGGCUCCCCUCACCGUUUCCUCACCGGCGUCUUGCAGGCUCUCGCCAUCCAGGGACAGCUGAACCACAAGAUCAAGGUCUUUGGGCAGGUGCUUCUGAAGUACGUGCUAAAGCCGCUGAUCACCUACCCUUCCCUGCACGUGGAGGUAGCGGAGCAGCCAGGCCAGGGCACCCUUCUGUCCUUCCAGCUGGAGGAGACCCUGGCAGAGCACCCCUCCCCCACCCAGGUUUACACCAAAGUGCUAGCAGUGCUCAGGGCCCUGCAUGAACGCUUACUAGACGUCUCCAUAGGAGAGAGGAAGAUGUCUACUAUCCUGGGGGACAUGAUAUGGGAGGAGAUGUCGGACUGCAUCAUUCGCGAAUGUCUCCUGUACUCCAUCCCGGCUAACAGCAGCCAGCUGGGAAAGUACAGCGAAGUAAUCAAGGAGACGGAGCAGUUUGAGAACACGCUGAAGGAGCUGAGCUAUCUGGCGGGGGAUUCCACGGAUCUGCUACGUUACGCCCGCAACGUCAAUGCGCACUUCGCCAGCAAGAAGUGCCAGGAUGUCAUCGUGGCGGCACGCAACCUGAUGACGUCGGAAAUACACAACACUGUCAAGAUCUCCCCCGAAACCAAGCUGUCUGUCCCCAAGCUGCCCAAUCCGGGCUCCGGAGACAAGAUCAAGCAGGAGACGUGUAAGAAGAGACCCACUCUUGCCGGACCCCCGACGCUGGAGAAUGAGAAGCAGUUGGGUCGGCACACUCUCUGCUUGCCUGUGUGCCGGAUCAGCGAGUCCGUCCAGCAACUGCUGGAGCUGGCUCUCAGCACGCUGUCUGAGGCCGUCGGCAGCUCCAGCCAGUGUGCUACCCAACUUUUCUACACUGUGCGAAAUAUUUUUCAGCUGUUCUAUGAUGUUGUGCCUACGUACCACAAGGAGAACUUGCUGAAGUUUCCCCAUCUGGCAGCUAUCCACCACAACAACUGCAUGUUCAUUGCUCACCACCUGCUCACGUUGGGCCACCAGUUCAAGCCCCACCUGCCCCAGCCGCUCAGCGACGGUGCCGCCACCUUUGUCGACCUGGUUCCAGGCUUCAGAAGGCUGGGCACAGAGUGCUUCCUGGCGCAGAUGAAUGCUCAGAAAGCGGAAUUGCUGGAGAGGCUGUCAACCUCCAGGAACUUCGCCAACCUGGACGACGCGAAGAACUAUUCCGUAGCCAUCAAGGCUGUCAGACAGGUCAUAGACCAGUUGAAGAGGUUGGGCAAAGUUUGGCAAGAUGUCUUGCCGAUCAAUAUAUAUUGCAAAGCAAUGGGCUCUCUGUUAAACACUGGCAUCACUGAGAUGAUCAGUAAAAUUAUGAUGCUGGAGGACAUCUCGACAGACGACGGGGACCACCUGCACACGCUCUGCCAAACCAUCAUUGAUGAAGGACCCCUAGUGUUCAUACCACUGCCUGAGGAAAACAAAAACAGGAAGUGCCAGGAGGAGGUGCCCAUCUACGUGAAGAAGUGGAUGACCUUCAAGGAGCUGACAAUAGUGCUGCAAGCUAAUCUCCAGGAGAUUGUGGAUCGGUGGGCAGAUGGCAAAGGCCCCUUGGCAUUGGAGUUCACCAGCAAUGAGGUGAAGAGCCUCAUUCGGGCUUUGUUCCAGAACACCGAACGGCGAGCGAUUGCUCUUACCAAAAUUAAAUAAGCUGCUCUUUCAGCGAAGCUAUUUAUGUACAGAACCCAGUAGGGGAGUAUGUAUUCAUGUUUGUUCAAACUGAACUUUAUUAUCUGGUUUAUUUUUCAAUAAAUCCCAAUUGUUUCACACUUUAAA